AUGGACGGAAAGCAAGAAAGCGAGGACCUGGCCGUGGAAAUCCUCAAGAAACAUAUCGAUUCUCUUCCAGAUGAUGUGUACGCAAUCAAGGUCUCUCCAGACGAUAAUUUGACCUCCAUGUCCACCGAUCCCGAAGACGACGAAAACUUAUGCGUGCAUUACCCGCCUCUAAAGGAAAUUCAACGACCUGAGGGUAUCAGAACGAUUGUUCGCUCUGAGCUACAGGAAAUUAAUCGACUCGGUCCUGACAUUGAUCUUGUGUCGUAUCAGCCACACCCAGACGACAAUGGCCCAAAGAAAGGCAAUCUGUGGAUGCGUCUCCCUCGCCACUCAAAUAUUGUCCCUUUUGAUCGACUAGUGGUGGAUGAACUGAAAGGCCGCGUUGUUGGGUUCACAAGUAUCUAUAUUCCUGGCGAAACACUCGAAGAUAAUCAAUCCCGCGUGUUCAAACUCAAGUGGCUUGAGCAGUUGACUCGCGUUGUCGACGAUCUCAACCUGAAGCACGGCAUCAUGCAUCAAGAUAUUGAUGCAAGGAAUCUGCUAGUCGAUCUGUCGACAGAUAACCUGCUGCUAUUUGACUUCGACUACUCGGGUCGCAUUGGAGGCACUGGGUAUGUUGAAAAUCGUAACGAUAUCAAGGGCGUUAUAUUCACCCUGUACGAGAUCAUCACCCGUGACAACCAUUUCAGGGAGGUGCCACAUGAGAAGCAGAACCCCAAUGAUGUUCAGGGGUUGCCCGUAUGGCCCAAGCAUCCAGAGGUACAGCUCGAUCAUUCCGUCUCGGAACAUCGAUCAGUUCUCGAUCGUUGGGUAGAAGAGAGGAGGGAAGGGAAAAGUCUUUCUGUUUAUACGGAAGCGCAGGAGCCCAUCGACUGGCCUCCACUCGAGACCCCAAUGGGGUAG